AUGCAGCUUCGCCUACAACGUGGACUUCAUAAUGACCCUUCUGUUUUACUCAGUGAUGUUUCACUGGCCAGUAGCCAGGAGUACAUUGGGGGACAAGAUUUUUGGAUCACAUUUGACACCGGCUCUUCAGACCUUUGGGUGGUUUCAUCAGAUUGCACCAAUUCAGAUUGCGCGGGCAUUACAAGAUAUUCGCCCCCGUCAUCUAGCACCCUGACCUUAUCAGAUCAACCUUUCAAGCUAACAUACCUGAUGGGGUCAGUACUGGGAACAGUAGGCACAGAGACCGUGACACUCGGCCCGUAUGAAAUAUUAUCUCAAACGUUUGCCUUAGCAAACCAGACGAGUGGGCUCGGUCUCUCUAACACGGGAAACUCGGGCAUUCUAGGCCUGUCGUUUCCACUUGCCGCUUCCAUUCCCCUCACAUCUGGGACGCCCGUUUUGAACAAUAUAUUUUCUCAUUUUGGUGACCAGCACCGGUUCUUUGCGUUCAAAUUAGGACGAAACGAGUCGCGGGACAUAUCGCAUUCAGAUUCAUCAUUCACUAUCGGGGAAUUAGACUCCUCCCUGACAAAUGAUACAAGCCAGUUCGUAUUUACGCCGGUCUUCGCAUCGACACCAGACGAGUAUGACUUCUGGAAGCUUCCGAUCCAGGAAAUCACCAUCAACUCUCAGGUCUUUCCUCUCUCUCGUUCGCUGGUCCGCGGUGCAUCGUCGCCAAUCGCUGUACUUGACACCGGAACAACUCUUAUUUUAGGUCCGACUGGAGACGUUAAUGCGUUCUGGUAUGCCAUAGGUACGGGUGGGUCCACGAGGUUCAAUCAGCAGACACAAACGUGGCAAGUGAGGUGCGAAAGGGCCGUGGAUGUGCGCAUUAAACUUGGCAACUCCGAUACUGCAAAAGAAUAUCCACUUCAUCCUGGGGAUGUCAGCUGGGCUGAAGGUGAGACGCAAGACGGCUGGUGUACCGGUGGAAUACAGGCAAACAACGGAGUCGACUCUGGAGACUGGCUUCUCGGGGCUGUGUUCUUGAGGAACGUCUACGUCAUACACCACGGCACAACAAGUUCCAACCCACCGAUGAUCGGGUUGUUGAAUACGACGGACCCAUCAACUGCUCUCGCCGAAUUCAUAUCGUCCAGAGGACCAGAUCCAGCCCCCCCACCUUCUUUGCAACGCGCUGGUUCUUCAGCUACGGAAAUGAGAGACACUAUCGCGACUUGUGUGGUAUGCGGGGUGUGCGGAUUUUUGAUUGGAGUCAUUGGUAUUGUGAUCUACCGUCUUCGGCAGCGAAAGCGAUCGCAAGGACAAGUCCAUAUAUAAUACAACCCAAGUAGAUACAUAUAUAAAGCCAUAGUACAGAGACGCAGCAUCGUACAUCGUCAUACAAGCAUAACACUCAAUCAACCGCUCGACAUUC